GCUGAUGAUGAAGAUGAAGAUCCUGCUGCUGCUGCUGCUGCUCGCUGUGUGUCCAUGCAGCCACUCCUCUCCAGCUCACUAUCCGACCGGGAAGAACCGGCCGUGCUGCCUCCACAUCUCCAGGAAGAACCUCAGCAGUCGGAUCGUCGGGUCGGUUUUCCAUAAGCAGCCGGCCCGGUUCCCCUGCGUUAGAGCCGUGAUAUUCUACACAAAGAGUGGACCCAUAUGCGUUCACCCCAACGACGCCUGGGUCCAACAAGUCAUUGCCAACAUUACGAGGAAGGCGUAAAGCGAACAACUGGACCUGCAGCUCAAUUUAAAAUAUUAAUCAUCCUCAGGCCUGAUUCUUACAGAUGAGCUCCACUGUGAAAAAUGAAAUAUUUAUUUGAGUCAUAAAAUUGCUGCAUUUGCUUUCAACACUUAAAAUAUUAAUUGUAUUUGUUGUACUUAUGAACUUUCCCUAUAAAAUGCUUUAUGAAAUAUAAAUAAAUUUGCUUCUUUUUUCACUCAU